ACUCUCGCGGAACUUGUCAGUAAGGUAGUGUUGCUAGGCAAAGCAGCUUUGAAUUUGGUUCUUAACACCGAAUGAGCUACAAGCGGUCAGCUGCGAUAAAGUCAGCGUUAAACAUAAGCUGGAGUGAUAUUGUUGGUGGACGGGACGUUUGGCAACAUGGAAGAUGACGCUCCUGUAAUUUAUGGGCUUGAGUUUCAGGCCCGUGCUUUGACUGCACAGACAGCGGAAACUGAUGCUAUAAGGUUUUUAGUGGGCACUCAGUCACUCAAAUUUGAGAAUCAGAUCCACAUCAUUGACUUUGAUGAUGAGAACAAUAUCAUUAAUAAGAAUGUGCUCCUGCAUCAUGCUGGUGAGAUAUGGCACAUCAGCGCCAGCCCCGCUGACAAAGGAGUGCUGACCACAUGCUAUAACAAGACCUCAGAGAGUCGUGUGCUAACUUGUGCAGCGGUGUGGAGGAUGCCCCCGGAAUGGGAAUCAGGCAGCCACGAAUCCCCAGACGAUUCAUCAAACAGCCCACAGACCCUGGAGCUCCUCUGUCACCUUGACAACACAGCCCACGGCAACACGGCCUGUGUGCUGUGGGAGCCCAUGGGCGAUGGCAAGCGCGUGAUUUCUCUGGCUGAUAGCCACGUCGUGCUCUGGGACCUUCAGGAGAGCUCCACCAAGGCCACGAUUUCUAGCAGUGCCACCCUGGAAGGCAAAGGGCAGCUGAAGUUCACCUCAGGCAAAUGGAGCCCUCACCACAACUGCACCCAGCUGGCUACAGCCAACGACAUGGCAAUCCGCGGCUGGGAUCUCCGCAGCAUGAGUCAAAUCUACUGCAUUGAGAAUGCCCACGGGCAGCUGGUACGAGAUUUGGACUUCAACCCCAACAAGCAGUACUACUUGGCCAGCUGCGGAGACGACUGUAAGGUCAAGUUCUGGGAUGUGAGGCAUAUCAACGAGCCCGUCAAAACCCUGGAGGAGCACUCACACUGGGUGUGGAGCGUGAGGUAUAACCACUCACACGACCAGCUGUUGCUUACGGCCAGCAGUGACAGCAGGGUGAUUCUGUCCAACAUGGUGUCCAUCUCCUCUGAGCCCUUCGGCCACCUAGUGGACGAUGAUGACCUCAGUGACAGUGAGGAGACUCAUCAUGAAGAAAAGAGCAAAGAGCCUCUGCAGGACAGCAUCAUCGCUACGUACGAGGAGCAUGAGGACAGUGUAUAUGCAGUGGAGUGGUCUUCAGCUGACCCUUGGCUAUUCGCCUCCCUGAGUUACGAUGGCAGAUUGGUUAUUAACAGGGUACCAAGGGCCCUGAAAUACCGCAUCCUACUGUAGAGUGACUGAUUAAAAGGUUGAGCGAGAGCAAGAAGCACUUGUAAACCGCUGAAUGUGAGUGAAAUGAAUGCAGGAGACAUCAGAAACAGAGCUCAUGAGCUCAUACAGAGGAAAAAAAACAUGGAAGAAGUUUUAAAAAAAAGAGACGAUAGGCCUGGAAAGCAUGAGUCGGAAUAAAUCUGCAUAAAACACGCAUCCGCUAUUAACACUACCAAUUAAAGACAGUCCCAGAGUGCUGUGGGAUGGCUUGGAGGCUGUUUGAAGGCGAGAAGGCCGCAGGGCAUGGAGUGUCGUUUGUCUUUGAAAAAGCCCCUUGUGUUGAUAGCCAGCGCUGGUUGUGUUAGCGAGACGUAGGCUCGCUUCAUCUCGGCCAGCCUCGGGCAGCCCAGCGCUGGGCUCCAGCCCCACCACUGAGUACAAAGUGCAACCAUGGAGAAAGGCCUGCCAGGGGGAGCCCGGCGCAGCAGGCCGCUCUACUGCAGCCUCCGCACUCCACUCACUCUCUCUUCUUUACUGUCUCCCAUCUACUCCCUCCAGACCCACCACACUACUCCUCACAAACAGUCUCAGCUGUGGACAAGGAGUGCAAAGAGGAGUCCACCUAAACUUUAAAUGAGUUAACAUUAAAUCCUUGCUGAGCAUCACCAUAUAUCAGUAGCUGCCUGUUAAAAGUUUGGGGACAGCUUGUCUUUUUUUUUUUUUUUUUUUUUUUUUUUUUUUAAUGCAAUUUAAUAAGAAGGACUUGAUCCAUGCCUAUCCAUACACUGCUGACAAGCUUUAUAGAACACUGGCAAACAUCCUCUUCAACAUUGUGAACAUAUGAUUAAAGGUUACAUUUCGCAGCUGUUGGAACAAAACCUUGUAUCUCCAUUUUUGUCAUUUUUCACUUUUUGACAUCCUUUAUAAAUUUCAUGAUGAAUGUACAAAAGAAACAGCUCACAGUUACUUAGAAAAAAAUCUGGUUCUAUUGACUCACAGUAAAGUAUGUUUGCUGAGUUUCUGGUUUAAAAUGCUGUGCUACUGAAGUUAGACGUUGUGGUUAGUUGUAACUAGGCAAGGUGGAAAUAACAGCAAAUUAGCAGCCACUAACAUUAACUUGAUUACAAAAGAGGAAAAAAAAUUGAAUUAAAUAAUAUUUCAAAUGAACACAAUCCAGAUUUCUAUGUUCUGUUGGUUGUGCUACAUUUUUUUUAUUAGGUCAACAGGUAUUUUUUCCUUCUUGCUCUAUAGCUGUCUGGUAGCAACAGAAGAACACAUGGAUCAGUUAUUAAAUUAAGAAAAAUAUCGAAUUCCAUCGAUAUUUAAAAGAUUCUACAUAAUACAUCUCAUUUUAAGUGAGGGGUGGUGAUCCUGGAGGGCUAGAGUUCACCACCCUUCUUUUGAGUCAUUCAAAGUGAAAUGCUAAUGAAACUUACCUAAUCAGAAUUGUUCACAGUGGUGGUGAUGGGAACCAGACUGACUGCUUAUAAAAACAGUCAUUACAUGAAAUAGAGAGAUUCUUUUACAGCUGUUUUGAAAUUAGAUUUGAAAAAAAAAUAUUUUAAUCCAUUCAUGAUUGAGAGAUCCAUUCAUGCAGGGCAUUGUAAAACAAAAUAGUCUUCAAAGAAAGCAUUUUUUUCUGAUCUGCUACUAUUCGUCCAUUAUCAACAUUGCAUAUUAAACUCAGGAGACACGUAGGUUCACUGGCCCUCCUGGACAGUAAAUAAAAACAUUACGUUUGAGUUGUAGGGAUUGCAACCCCUGAUUCCUAUCACCACCACUGUAAAGAAACCUAAGUUGGUAAGUUUUCUACUAUAAACCAAAGCCUUUACAUUAACUAAAAACCAUCUGAAUGAUUUUGUAUACAUCUCUGAUUUUUUUUUAUGUGGAAAUUUGAUAAAAUAUUGGUGGAAUUUAACAAACAGCAGCUGGUUAUUUUUACAUUUUGCAACAGUCAGUUUUACCUAAAUUAUGACAUUUUAUUUUCCAAACUAUUGUUUGAAGCCCUUAUUUUCAAAGCGUUUUGGCCCAAAGGUAGUUUAACCCCCUGAAAUAUUUGAGUGCUGGUGAGUGCUGACAUCACAACUAAGGGGUAAAACGUGUGCCGUAUGUCAUUAUUCUAAAAUAGUACGGUCACUAAUAUUGUCAGAUAUGGCUUUCCUCAAAAUAAACCCGCUUAGCCCUUAAUAUAUUAUGUUAAAGUUGUUCAAAACUGAAAAGAAAACGUGCUCAUUUUUUUUGUGCAACUCAGAUUCCCCAAACUCUUAACAGGCAGCAUGCAUAUUACUCGACGCAUAGGUAAAUGUUUUAACGCUCCCUGUAACGUAUCCUGUUCUGAUGUGAAAAGCUUCUGAUAUGAAAGGUUUGUGUGUAAAUCUUUAUGAACAUGUUUAUAUAGCGGUAGUGAUGUUCUUUCUCUGUAUUGCAGGAGGAAUUGCUCGUAUGUACCUGACCUUGCAUAUUUUGAUGAAGGUGUGGAGAAGUCUGAUAGAAUCUAAUUACUCCUGUGCAGUCCAAAUAAAACGGUUUCAGUGAUGAAA